ACAACGGGAACUAGAAGUUUUGAUAAUUGAUAUCAUUUACGAUGAUGUCUUCGCAAACUAUUGGAUGGAGUGUAGCAUUUAGCCUGAUUGCUUUUGCCAUCGUGUCAGGAAACGUCCUAACAAUAGUCGCCUUCUGUGGUUGUAAAAAGCUGAUGCAGAUGCGUGCAAGCUACUUCCUACUCAACUUGGCCGCUGCUGACUUACUUGUCGGCGCAAUAACCGUUCCCAUGUACAUAAUUCUGCUAAGCCAUCACAUUGACAACGUCACAUAUCAAAGCGUAUAUACUUCUGUGGACAUAGCUUCAGGUUUUGCGUCUGUUUUCACACUAACAGCCAUUGGCUUGGAGCGCCUUUACGCAUUUUGCAGACCGCUUUACCGAGUCCACGUUCUGACAGAUCUGAAAUGCCUGUUAAUGAUUGGAAUGGUGUGGAUUCUUUCCUUCGCUAUCACCAUACUUCACUUAUUGUACAAGUUUCAUGCUAUUUCCUUCGACGUAUUCUUUUAUGUUAUGAUGUCAUCGUUAAGCGUAUGCUUGCUCGUCAUUUGUGCAUCAUAUUUAGGCAUUUGGAUAAGGGUUAAAUUCUAUUUUACCUCUCAGGGCCGCGCUUCAGGGAACGAUAAAAAAGUAGCAAGAAUGCUUUUGACCAUCACAUUGACUUUUGUUCUUACGUGGCUACCUUUCCAUCUCCUGAACAUAAUUAACUUUUUCUGCGAUUUCUGUUUAACGACCAAGCUGCCUCACAAUGCCUUGUUUUUCUGCAAAUUACUGCACUAUGCUAACUCAUUCAUAAAUCCGAUUAUCUAUUCGUUUCAAAUGCCUGAAUUUAGAAUAGCACUUGGUAGAAAGUUGUGCAAAGAGACAUUUGUCGUUGUGGAGGAAACGCCCAAAAUUGAAGAAAUACCACUGGAUAACAUCGGAGGUGCAGAAGAACUGUGAAGUUAAAGUCAAGGAAGAUAACUUUGAGCUUCCAGAGGUCAUCUUUGCUAUCAACAAACAGCAUUUGGGCUGCGAGAGGCUAUCAUUGAAGUAUAAUUAUAUGUGCCUACAUCAAGAGUGCUAAGACUAAGAAAAGAGGAUAAAUUA